AUGAAAAAUCAAAAACUAGGAUAUUUUAUUUUCUUUUAUUUUUUUUUAUUAUUUUUUGUUUUUAUUUUAUUUUUUUUAUUUAUUUACUUUUUCUUGUUCUGGGUGGUUAGUGCUAAUGUUGGUGAUGUUGUUAGUGUUCCAUAUAAUCAUCCAAAAAAAAAAAAAAAAACAUAA